AUGUCACAACCCUGCACUCUAACAACAUGUUCCGUCUCAACAUCUCCCUACGGCUACCGGCCCAGCCAAGAGGCCCCCGCCAUCUUCAUCGCCAUCUCCUCAAUCUGCCUCAUCGCCAACGCGGCCAUCACAGUCCGAGCCUCACAAAAACAACAACAGAAACACUCGGCGACGGUGCCGUUCGCCAUGUUAGUCACACUGGCAUGCGCGCUUGAGGUCAUCGGCUGGGCGGAUCGUCUCGCGGGCUGGAGCGAUCCCUGGGCGAUGUACCCCUUUAUGCAAGGCAAAGCACUUCUCACCAUCGCCCCUGUCUUCCUCACAUCAAGCAUCUACGUCUCCCUCGGCCCCAUGGUCCACACCCUCGGCACAGAACACUCCAUCCUCCCAGUACACCUCUACGCCGCGCUCCUCCUCCCCGCAGACCUCCUCGCCCUCACACUCCAGCUCGCCGGCCUCGCGCUCAGCUUCAGCAGCGCCCCCUCCGCCAUCCUCACCGACACAAAAACGCCCUCUUACACCCCCACCCCCGCCGGCGCCAAGCUCGUCACAGCAGGCCUGGCCCUCCAGCUCGCGAUCCUCAUCGCCGCCGCGCUCCUCCUCGCCUCCGUCCUCGUCCGCGCGGCGCUCUCAUACCGCCGGUACGGGUACACCACGUUCCACCGCGACGCGGGCUACGUCCCGCUCCCGCGGCGCUUCCGCAUCUUUACGAUGGCCGUGCCGUCGGCGAUGGCGGUCCUCUUCGGGCGGCUGUGCUUCCGGGUGGCGGAGUACGCCGGGGGCAUCUCCGCGAAGGACGGGGAGGGGCUGUUCGUCGGGCUGGAGGGGCUGCUGGUUGCGUACGCGCUCGUGGCGCUGGUGGGGUGCCACCCGGGGCUGUUCCUGCGCGACGGGCGGUUCGUGUCGCGGAUCGAGGGGGAGGCGUUGGUUGGGAUCGAUGCGGUAGGCGGGCCGGCGGCGGCGAGGAUGAGGGAGCGGGAGAGGGAGAACGAGGCGGGGCUGGAGGAGUUGAGGAAGGUGUAUCGGGCGCAUGUUGAGGAGGAGCAGGAGCGUUUUGGGAGGUUUGAGAGGUGA